UUUAAGAAAUUUUUAUACAGCAUAAAAAAACUACAGUAGAGCAAAGAGCAAAACUGUGAUUCAAGAUUCAAAUAAAUCCCCAUUUUCCGACCGCUUAACUCUGCCGGUUCUCAAUUUUCCGUCACCGUUUCAGGUCACCGGGAAAAUCAUACCUUUUAUAUUCUUGAGGGAAUUGAAAUCGAUUGAUUUACUAUACUAACGGAUUUGUUUUCAAUCGUCCCACUUUGUUGGUUACCUAACUGGAUGUCAUUUUUUCAGCCUUAAAGAGAUCAAAAUAUCAACCUUUUUAGAUGGGAAGGCAGCUUACAUUUAUCACACAGCUGUGAUUUACUUGUUGAAGUGGACAUUUUACUGUCAGUUAGAAGCUGACCAAUUUUUGCAGAGGAUUAUAGGUUUCAGUCAAUUGGGGUCUGUAGAUCUCCAUUAAAGUGAACAAUUGUGACUCACAUAAUUGCUAUUCUACAAGAGGGUUUUGAUUGUGUUUGGGUACAGGGAAAUUCUCUAUUCGUCCCUCUGUGCUUUGAUGAGGGAUAUUUCAUUCUUGUAACAUGCCCCAAACUCCUCAAAGAUCAGUCUUCACGUUCUCUCUUAUCUCCCUUCUUCUCUCGUAUACUCUCCUCCUCUUGUAUCCAUCUAUUUCCGUUCACCUCUUGAGGAGUCCUCAAAACCAAACCAUCGCAUUGACCACGUCAACAGACUCCCAGCCAUAUACUACUGGUGGCCCUCAUGACUACCAAGACCAGCGGAGGCAACAAUCCUAUAGUAGAAACUAUAUUGUUCGAUUCCAUCAGUAUAAAGAAGCUAAAGUUCUCCAAAAUUAUCUGCAAGACAAUGUGAAAUUUAAGGGGUGGGAAUGGAUUGAGAGAAAAAAUCCUGCCGCAAGGUUUCCUACAGACUUCGGAUUGGUGGCUAUUGAGGAGUCUGUGAAAGAACUUCUGUUAGAAAACUUCAGAAAUUUGGAUUUUGUGAAGGAUGUUUCUUUGGAUUUGAGCUAUCAAAGGGUAGUUCUUGAAGAGAAGAAUGAAAAGAUUGGGGCUUUUAUUAAUGAGAAUAAGAGGGCUGGGAAGAUUUUUACAGCUAUGUCCUUCAGUGAAGAUCAAAACUAUGCAGUGGCCAACACAAGUAACAUGAAGAUUAGUUGGAAAAGAGCACUACUGAUGCAGAAAUCUCAAGUCACAUCCCUUUUUGGGGCAGAUUCACUUUGGUCGAGAGGGUACACUGGUGCUAAAGUUAAAAUGGCUAUUUUUGACACAGGUAUACGGUCAGAUCACCCUCAUUUCCGCAAUAUUAAGGAACGCACAAAUUGGACCAAUGAAGAUACACUGAAUGACAAUCUAGGACAUGGGACGUUUGUGGCUGGUGUCAUUGCUGGUCAGGAUGAAGAAUGUCUUGGUUUUGCUCCUGACACAGAGAUAUAUGCUUUCCGUGUUUUCACAGAUGCACAGGUCUCUUACACAUCAUGGUUUCUUGAUGCAUUCAAUUAUGCAAUUGCAACAAAUAUGGAUGUGUUGAAUUUGAGUAUUGGUGGGCCUGACUAUUUAGAUCUCCCUUUUGUUGAAAAGGUUUGGGAGCUUACAGCAAACAACAUCAUCAUGGUUUCAGCUAUUGGGAAUGACGGACCACUGUAUGGUACUCUAAACAAUCCAGCAGAUCAAAGUGAUGUUAUUGGUGUUGGUGGCAUUGAUUACAGUGAUCAUAUAGCCUCUUUUUCUUCUCGUGGCAUGAGUACGUGGGAGCUUCCUCAUGGUUAUGGUCGUGUAAAGCCUGAUAUUGUUGCAUAUGGACGCGAGAUAAUGGGAUCCAAAAUUAGUACAGGUUGUAAAAGUUUAUCUGGCACCAGCGUGGCGAGUCCUGUGGUUGCUGGUAUAGUAUGCCUUCUUGUUAGCGUAAUUCCUGAAAGCAAGCGUAAGGACAUUCUGAAUCCAGCUAGUGUCAAACAAGCACUGGUUGAGGGGGCUGCAAAGCUUCCUGGUCCCAACAUAUACGAGCAGGGUGCAGGCAGGGUUAAUUUGUUGGAGUCCUUUGAAAUUUUGAUGAGCUAUGAGCCUCGAGCAAGCAUUUUCCCAGGUGUUCUUGAUUACACUGACUGCCCCUACUCGUGGCCAUUUUGCCGUCAACCACUUUAUGCUGGUGCCAUGCCAGUCAUAUUUAAUGCCACUAUUCUAAAUGGAAUGGCUGUAAUUGGUUAUGUUGAAAGUCCACCUACAUGGCAUCCUUUUGGUGAGGAUGGCAACCUUCUCAGCGUCCAUUUUACUUAUUCAGAUGUCAUUUGGCCCUGGACUGGCUAUCUUGCACUGCAUAUGCAAAUCAAAGAAGAAGGGGCUCAAUUUUCAGGGGUAAUUGAAGGUAAUGUAACUGUCAAGGUCUACAGCCCACCAGCUCCAGGUGAGAAGGGCCAUCGAAGUAGUACAUGUGUCCUUCGAUUGAAAUUGCAAGUGGUCCCUACUCCACCGAGAUCUGUGCGGAUAUUGUGGGAUCAAUUUCACAGUAUCAAGUAUCCGCCUGGUUAUAUUCCAAGGGACUCCUUAGAUGUUCGGAAUGACAUUCUUGACUGGCAUGGGGAUCAUCUGCAUACGAAUUUCCACAUAAUGUUUGACACGCUACGAGAUGCUGGAUACUAUAUUGAGACUCUUGGCUCUCCUCUUACAUGCUUUGAUGCUCGCCAGUACGGUACACUCCUUCUGGUGGAUCUUGAGGAUGAGUACUUCCCUGAAGAAAUCAAGAAAUUGAGAGAUGAUGUCAUUAAUUCAGGUCUAAGUGUAGUUGUAUUUGCUGACUGGUACAAUGUGGACACAAUGGUAAAGAUGAGGUUUUUUGAUGACAAUACACGUAGCUGGUGGACACCAGUUACUGGAGGUUCCAAUGUUCCUGCCUUAAAUGAUCUUUUGGCUUCCUUUGGGAUUGCAUUUGGGAAUAAAAUUCUGAAUGGCGAUUUUGUCCUCAAUGGUGAACAGAGUCGGUAUGCAUCUGGGACUGAUAUUCUGAAGUUUCCAAGAGGUGGAUACUUGCACAGCUUCCCCUUCAUGGAUAGCUCAGAGAGCGGGGCCACUCAGAAUAUCCUUUUAUCUGGCAUGACAAAGACAGAUACACCUAUUCUUGGUUUUUUGGAGGUUGGCAGAGGUCGAAUUGCAGUAUAUGGGGACUCUAACUGCUUGGACAGCAGCCAUAUGGUUACCAAUUGUUAUGGGCUCUUGAAGAAAAUGUUGGAUUUUACAAGCAGGAGUAUGAAAGAUCCUAUGCUUUUCUCAGAUUCAGCUAGACAGGAGAAACCAUUAUAUGCUGAUAAGAACCAGAUACCAUCGCGUAGAACAGAUGUGAAUUUCUCUACCUAUUCUAGAGUUGUUGGGAAGGAGUUGACAUGCAGCCGUGACUCCAGGUUUGAAGUAUGGGGAACAAAGGGUUACAAUUUACAAGUCAGAGGAAGGAACCGUAAGCUACCUGGAUAUCAUGUCAUCGACUUGGGUAGAGGUUUAAAUUCUACAGUAGACACACCUGUUACAGUAACAUCUAACACGACUCAGAAGGUUGUCGACUCUUCCGGAAACAACUACUGGGGCUUCUUUUACAGAGAUGAUAUUGACAUGCCUGUGCUUGUAGCUACUCACUGGUUAGUUCCUGCAACUGUUGCCAUCUUAGGUCUCUUGAUCUUGUUCUGGCGCAUGCAAAAACGUCGUCGGAGAAGGAGAGGUUCCUCGGGUCGGUUUACUAAUUUAUAGCCCUAUUCUUGACUUGGAUUUGUGUUCUUUAGUUUUACUAUACUCAUCUAGGUUGUUUUAUGUUAUAUCUUAAAAAAAAAUAAAAAAAUUGCACCUAUAUAAAGGUGAGUUUUGUAUUACUAGUGUAGUUAAUUUAUUAACAGUUAUUAUCCUGACUAGAUGGAGAAAAACCACAGAACAGAUGAAAUGAAGUUCAGUUUUCUGUUCAA